UAACAAGCAUUCCUAUUCCACCCUAUGCAAAAGUGAAAUAUAUUUUAUACAUUUGCUUUAAGUGGAAUCGUAAAAUUGGCCCAGCUUGCCAACCACAAUCAUAAGAUGAUUAAGACAAGGAGACCUAAGCCGUACUCAUACAUUGCUAUUGUUGCGGCUCUGUACGUUUUCUACCAACCAGUAAAUGGAGAUGCUAUACCUAUGACCAGUGAUAAUAUUGAUAUGACAUUGGCGUCAAAUGAAUUGGUUUUCCUUAAUUUUUAUGCGGAAUGGUGUCGCUUCAGUAAUAUUUUAGCGCCCAUUUUCAAUGAAGCAGCGGACAAGAUAAAAGCAGAGUUUCCAGAAGCUGGCAAAGUAGUAUUAGGGAAGGUGGAUUGUGAUCGGGAAACUGCGAUUGCAUCUCGCUUUCAUAUAAACAAAUAUCCAACUUUAAAAAUUGUCAGAAACGGGCAAUUGAGUAAGCGUGAAUAUAGAGGACAACGCUCGGCUGAAGCGUUUUUGGAGUUUGUGAAAAAACAGCUGGAGGAUCCCAUUCUGGAGUUCAAAUCCCUCAAGGAUUUGGAGAAUUUGGAUUCCAAAAAGCGUAUCAUAAUUGGAUAUUUUGAUCGUAGAGACCAACCAGAGUAUGAUACAUUCCGAAAGGUGGCCACCAAUUUGAAAGAAGAUUGCCAGUUUCACGUUGGUUUUGGUGAUGCCUCACAGGCUAUGCAUCCACCAGGCUCCCCAAUUAUUGUAUUUAGACCAGAUGUAGCCGUGUCUGACGAAAACGAUGAAACCUUCAAGGGGAGCUUGAAAAACUUUGACGAACUGAAAGUUUGGAUUCAGGAGAAGUGUGUGCCACUGGUGCGAGAGAUAACGUUUGAAAAUGCUGAAGAGCUGACGGAGGAGGGAUUGCCUUUCCUUAUACUGUUCCAUCGGCCAGACGACCUCAAUGCAAUUAAAGAUUAUAAAUCAAUAAUUGAUAGUCAAUUAUUAGAUGAAAAACAGAAUGUUAAUUUCCUAACCGCAGAUGGCAAGAGAUUUGCGCAUCCGCUUCAUCAUCUAGGAAAAUCUGAGGACGACCUACCCCUGAUUGCUAUUGAUUCAUUCAAGCAUAUGUAUCUCUUCCCGCAUUUCAAUGACAUGUAUACGCCAGGGAAGCUAAAACAGUUCUUGCAAGAUCUCUACAGCGGCAAGCUUCAUAGGGAAUUUCAUUAUGGGCCGGAUCCCACAAAUAAUGAAAUACAAUCUGAGGUUAAAAAUGCUAAGGGCACAUCACCUCCGGAGUCAAAAUUCAAGGAGCUUGGUCCAUCGAAGCAUCGCUACACCUUGCUAGAAAAAGAUGAGCUGUAACUUAAAACAUGUAUAUUCAAUUCUAAAAACAAAAAAAUUAUUAAAAUUUUUUCUAAAACUAAAACGCGAUUUGAGCUCUAAAUGAAUGUAAAUGCAAGAAAAAAUUUGCGCAUCAAAAUUUAAUUUCUCGAGCUUUCCAUAAUCCAUAGACCUACGCAACAUAAAACUCAAUUCAAUGGACGUUAGUAUAUAGGUCAAUGCCAGUUGUUAUUAUCAGUUGUUGCUCCUACUCUCUGUAGUGGGUAAUUCCAUUGCCAGUCCUUAUCUAAUCAAUGUACAUAACAUAAUAUCUACAUAAAUGAAUAGUCAAACAUAA